AAAUACUUCCUUUAGUCCUUGGGAUGCGUAACCAUAGCGUUCGUACAACAGGCGCAUAAAUUUCUCUCUCCAAAUUCCUUCCAAUAAAAACCCUAAUUUUGCUUGAUUUGUAUUCUUUCUAUUCAUAAUCCUCCAGAUUUCUAGAUCCGUUAAUAUAUAUGCUUUUGAUGUUAAUCCCAUAUUAGUCUUUGAAGAAAUCCUAACAUAUCUCGAAUUGAUGGCGAAAGAAUUCAACGUGCCUCCAGUGAAAUUCCCCUCCGGCGGAAACCCUGCUGGCGGCGCCGCUGGCCCCCAGCAACGUCGCCUCCCUACCGCCCCCUUCCAACCCCCACGAUCCGCUAACCCUAGCAUUCCAUUCAUGUCAUUUGAUGUCAAUUCUGCUGCCGCUUCGACUUCGUUUUCAACUCCUCAAUUCCCCUCCACGAUCUCCGCCGGCGGCGCCACCGGAUUCGAGGACGAGCCACCACUUCUCGAGGAGCUUGGCAUUAACACUAAGCAAAUUUACCAGAAAACGAUUUCUAUCCUCAAUCCGUAUAGAAUCAAUGCCCAUCUCCAUGAAGAUGCAGAUCUCUCCGGCCCUUUCCUUUUCCUAAUGGCAUUCGGACUCUUUCAACUCCUUGCUGGAAAGUUCCAUUUCGGGAUAAUCCUCGGAUGGGUUACAAUGGCAUCAUUGUUUCUAUACGUCGUUUUCAAUAUGUUAGCGGGAAAGAAUGGGAAUCUCGAUUUGUACAGGUGUCUUAGCCUGAUUGGAUACUGUAUCUUGCCGAUUGUGAUACUUUCGGCUGUCUCGUUAUUUGUGCCCCAGGGCGGGACGGUGAUCUUGGUGUUGAUGGGGCUGUUUGUGAUAUGGUCAACACGAGUUUGCACACGCCUGCUUGUUGAGCUGGCAUCCUAUGGGGAUGAGCACCGAGGCCUUAUCGCGUAUGCUUGCUUCUUAAUUUACAUGCUUUUCUCUCUGCUCGUGAUUUUCUGAUCAAAUCACUAUUAUCAAUUUGAGUUGCAUCUUAUCAAAUUCUUAGUCUAUGUUGGGUCUUGUUUGCUAGUAUUCAGAGGCUUUAAGUGGAAUAGAAGCCAAAUCAUAGUUGGGUUGGACACUGAAUCAACUUGUUUUGGCUGUCAAAUGAUUAUAAUGUGGUAGAUAAUGUGCUACACCUCAGAGAUUUUGAUUUUUGUACUUUAAGACAUGGUUUACUCUUCAUAUUGUGAAUGGUGAUUGUGAAAUGAGUAUGCUACUUUUUAGGUGAUGGAAUCAAAAUGGUUAGAAAUA